AGUACAGAAUCGCAAAGUUUGAGAACGCAUAAAGGUCCGACACACAGACACACAGCACAGUCCGGGUAGAUGUCGAAGUUGGGGAUUAGGCGGUUUUAUGUAUGAUACCAAAUAGCUGAUAUUUUGAAGUGAUAGGUGAUUUGUAAUUUAAUGGAGCUGCCAGAGGAAAUCCUUGCAUAUAUAUUUUCUUUUCUGCCUUUACAUGACAAAUGCAAUGCAUUUAGUGUUUGUAAGGCAUGGUCUAAUACAAUGACUCAUCCAAGCUCAUGGAAACACACGGAAGUCAGGUGUGACUCAGGGACCAGUUUGCCUGAAAGAUUUUCUGAUCUUCUUCCACUGGUCAGAAAUUUGAAGCUAAGUAUGAGUCUGACAGAUCCAGAAAAACGUAAAACAGGGCUGUGGGUGCUGAGGCAGGCCGUUGCCAUGGGUGAUGGACAACUGGAGUCGCUCUCCAUCUGUUGUUUGGGGAGUCCACCCCUAUUUUAUGCUGGUCAGGACCUGCAGCAAGGCUUAGUUGAUAUACUUACAAAUGGGUCAUCGCUUACUGUGCUUGACCUUAGGGGUGUACCUUUCACCCUCAACGACUCCUUCGUCAGGAGCGUAUCCAUGCUUUGUCCCGCUCUGCGAAAUCUUUACAUCAACAACCAUUCUUUGGUGUGUGGGGUGGUUGCAGAAACACUAAGGCAAGCGCUGAAGUCCUGCCCAUCGCUCAACGUUCUCGGGGUUUUUCAGGCCAGUCUCUCUGAAGACGUUUUGAAAGAUCUCAUGUUGCCAGAACGGCCAGCGCUAAAGAAACUGGAGCUUCGUUGUGAACGCUCACUCAAGUACACUACACCUCUCUGCGACCAAAUAUGGUUGGAGUUAAAACGGCGACACCCAGAUCUGUGGGUGGAGCUUGAACUAGACCACACCCUCCCUGAACUGCAUGUUCCAGCGGUACUGCAGCCCAGCAUCCCAGUCCGAUGCCUACGCCUGCUCACUUGGACAUUGCUGUUGGAAGAGGUUCGUCUAGUAGAGAAGAGUUACGCAAACACACUUGAGAUUUUAGAGCUGCAGACACCUCCAUCUCCUCAGCUUAACUCUGCUUUGAUAUCCUUAGCACAUCAGUGUGUUAAGCUUCGGGAGGUUCACUGCUUUUGCUUGGUCUCACAAGAAGUGAUAACGGCAUUCAUAACGCACUGUCCAAACCUCAGCAAAUAUACACUUAAAAUAUAUAAAGAGCCUCAUCCCUGGACCUACACAAAACUAAAGUAAUAAACAGACAUGGGUGAUCUGCUUUAGCUGAAGCGUUCUUUGCACAAGCAAAGAACUGAGAGAUCAGAGACCACAUUUAUAUUAAAGAUGCUUUUAUCCAAAGCAUUACAAUGAAGGCAUGCAUUUCAUCGGUAGGUUUAAUCCAUGGGGAUCAAGACAAAAGAUCACACUUCCUUUCCUCCAUUGCUGUGGAGGAUGCACAGAUUAUUUCGAAAUUAAGAUGAAAUCACAUGGAUUAUCAGGGUUUGCACAAUCAAAAGUCUAUGCUAGCUUGACAUCAUGCUGUAAACAAAAACAGGACGUUUUAUUUAUGUAAUGGUUUUAAUUUCAAAAUGUUGUUAAAUAUAAUUGAUAUGCUGAUUAUAAUUUGUAUCAGUGGUUUCAAACUUUUGGACCCCACAAUAUAUUUGCACUGUAUAUUAUGUAUGGCACAGAUGUGUUGUGAUGCAGUGGGCAUUAAAUGAAGACAUUAUUUAA